AUGGAAUACCAUCCCCAAGUGACCUGGCAUAUUCGAUCCAAAAGGGACACUCUGGUGAUCAUCGUCUACCAGCAUCAGCUUUCGGUCAAUGAUGGAUUUGACGACUUCGAGCGCAUUUUGAGGCCAAGCAGCUGGAUUAUUAUCUAUUGUCUGCCCAAUGCCUUCCUGUGUCGGUCUGUCCACUUCGGCGUCAUGGUGGAAACGUUGGGCCGGCCCGAUGGGCUGAUUUCUCGGAUCUUGACCGUGUCUGGCGUCAACCUGAGAGUCCCGCAGGGUUACUCUAGAUGCAUGAAUGGAGUUCAAGCAGAUAUACUCAUCUUCUUCCAUUCUUUAUAUUACUAUCCUCUUGGCCGUCUUCAAGGAGCUAAGAAACUCUAG